ACACUCUCGACCAUGAAGCUCGCCCUCGCCCUCACCCUCGCGCCCGUCGCCGCCUUCCAGGCGCCCGCGCCCGCCAAGUCGGCGUCCGCGCUCAGCGCCGCGCCCAUCGAGCAGUGGGCGGGCAACGGCCCCUUCGGCUUCUUCGACCCCCUCGGCCUCUCGAACGGCAUCGAGGAGCAGCGCCUCCAGUUCUACCGCGAGGCCGAGAUCAAGCACGGCCGCGUCGCCAUGCUCGCGUCCGUCGGCUUCCUCUUCCAGGAGCACUUCCACUUCGAGUCCGGCCCCUUCGGCGGCAUCGACUCCCCGUCCUACGUGUCCUUCGAGCAGCCCCCGCUCGCCGGCGGCCUCUGGUUCGGCCUCGCGCUCAUGGCGGGCAACGUCGAGUACCUGUCCGUCGAGACGUUCGAGCCCCUCCUCGAGGGCGGCAUCAUCGCGGAGCAGAACGAGGACAAGCUCUUCCGCAUCAAGGCGGACCACAAGGCCGGCGACCUCGGCUUCGACCCCCUGGGCCUCAAGCCCACGUCCGAGGCCGAGCUCAAGACGAUGGCCAGCAAGGAGCUCAACAACGGCCGCCUCGCGAUGAUCGGCAUGGCCGGCAUGGUCGCGCAGGAGCUCGUCACGCACGCCAAGAUCUGAGCGGUCGACGGCGGCGCGCGCGAAUCCCCUGUGUGAAUAACUCGUGAAUAU